GCGCGUCGCCUGCGCAUGCGCCCUGUGUGGCGGGAGGAAGUGGGCGGGGUCAGGCGCGGAGCUCCGCCCACUGUCGGUGGCCGCCGCCGGGGCGCGGGGGGGGGGGGGGGAGGGAGGCGGCGGAAGAUGGCGGCAGCCGCGGCGGCGGCGCUGCGGGCCUGGUUCUGGAACGAGCGUUUCUGGCUGCCCCACAACGUGACGUGGGCCGACCUGGCCGGCGAGCCAGACGGCGGGCUGCAGUACCCGCGGGCGAGCCACGUCCUCUCCGCCUUCCCGCUGGCGCUCGGUAUCUUCGCCGUGCGGCUGUUGUUCGAGAGGUUUAUUGCCAAGCCGUGUGCCAUAAACCUUGGCAUACAAGACAGUGGAGCUCACAGAGCCCAGCCCAACGCGAUUUUAGAGAAAGUGUUUACGUCCAUCACUAAGUCUCCAGAUGGAAAAAGGUUAGAAGGCUUGUCAAAGCAGCUAGACUGGGAUGUUCGAAAGAUCCAGCGCUGGUUUCGGCAUCGGAGGAACCAGGACAAACCCACCACCAUCACUAAAUUUUGUGAGAGCAUGUGGAGAUUUACAUUCUAUUUAAGUAUAUUUCUGUAUGGAAUCAGGUUUCUCUGGACGGCACCUUGGUUUUGGGACACACGACAGUGCUGGUACAGCUACCCCUUUCAGCCUCUAACAUCCAGGCUUUAUUAUUAUUAUAUCUUGGAGCUGGCCUUCUAUUGGUCUCUCAUGUUUUCUCAGUUUACAGACAUUAAACGGAAGGACUUCCUGAUCAUGUUCGUCCAUCAUUUGGCCACAAUUGGACUCAUUACGUUCUCUUACAUGAAUAAUAUGGUGCGUGUUGGAACACUGGUGCUGUGUCUCCACGAUGCAUCUGAUUUCCUCUUAGAGGCUGCCAAGCUAGCCAAUUAUGCCAAGUACCAGCGUCUCUGUGAUGCCUUCUUCAUGCUCUUUGGUGUUGUGUUCAUUGUUACACGGUUGGGCAUUUAUCCUUUCUGGAUUUUGAAUACAACCCUAUUCGAAAGCUGGGAACUGAUUGGUCCCUAUCCUUCCUGGUGGCUGUUCAAUGGCCUUUUGGUAACCCUGCAGAUCCUGCAUGUCAUCUGGUCCUAUCUCAUCGUACGCACUGCCUACAAGGCCCUCGUGCGGGGAAAGGUAUCCAAAGAUGACCGCAGCGAUGUAGAAAGCAGCUCUGAGGAGGAGGAUGUGACAUCCAACAGCACAAAAGGAGUUUUCAGCACUUCGAGCAAUGGCUCCAACCGCAUUAACGGCCACGUGGCCGGCGGGCAGUGGACAGAGGAGGAGUAAGGCCCUGGGUUGGCCUUGAGCAAACACGAACUUGUCUCUGAAUAUUUAGAUGUGUUGAACUCCGCAUUCCCAAGUGAUUUUUAAUCAAGAUAUCCCUUCCCCAGAAACCUCCAGCAAAUCUGAAACGGGCACAAUCCAGACCAGUCAAAGGCUUGCCACGACAGAAGGGAGAAAGCCAAUUACUAGGGCAAAAAGAAAACUGCAGAUUUCACUUUUAAGCCAUUUUGUACUUCAGUCUUAGCCCCAUCGACAUUUGCAGAGGUAUCUUUGUAUGUGACAAACUGGUUUUUACUGGGAUCAACUCAAGGUGGAAUGAGUUUGGCUCAGCUGGCCGCGGUUGGUGAACGUGCUGCCUGGGACAACGGUUCAUUCAACGCAGGCUCGGUAUCGUCUCCUUGGUGCACUCCAUAAGCUGCUCAGAGCAUGGGGAGUGCCUGGUUUUCUGCUCCCCACGUACAGGCUGCAGCAGACUCGUCCCUCUGUGCUACAGCCAAGCUCUGCGUUGCGUUGUGCUGCAACAGGAAUGUUGCUCCAGCUUGUCUCUGGGGUGCUCUGUGCUAAGGAGGCUAUAGCUUGUUAACUCUGCUCUCAAGAGGGACCAGGCCAGCAUUUGCUGCCUCUUCUGGUGCUGAAUGCCCCUCUGAAGCCUCAAUGACAGCCGUCUGAAACAGGGGAGGGGAUUCCUUAUUGCCCCUAAGACAAGUCUCACAAUGUAUACCUUUUAAAUCUUUUUUUCUCUUGCAAGUUGUGGUUUUUGAAGACGUUUCUAGAUCUACUGGAUGCCGUGGGCUGAGCGAGGAACUUGAGGGCAGAUCAGUGCUGGGGGCUGUUUUCAGCUUUCCACAUAAUAAGGGGUUUCAGUCCUGCUCAGCUGGGCUUCAGGACAGAAGUUAGAAUGGCACUGCUCUGAUUCUGCAAUUUUUGUGGAAGAAAUCACUGGGCUGGAAAAGCAGCCACGCUCUGUGGGCUGUGCUUCUUUUUAUACUCGAUGGUACUUGGGGGCAGUGGAGGACCUGCAUGUCAGUCGUGAGCAGAAUUUUGGAAACUUCUUGAGUUGUUACCAUUUUAUACUGUUGUUUACUCUUAUCUCGAUUAAAAAAACAAAACAAAACAAAAAAAAAACCAACAAAGCACUUCAGAAA